AAGAAGAAGAAGAAGUAAAGGGAGGUAAUACAUGAACAGAAAUGGGGAAGCAGUGAGUACAAAACUCACAGUCCUAAUCACUACUGCACACAAAAUCCAGACACAGAUCUCAAGAUGAAGUUUUUGCUGCUGGUGGUGAUGCUGAAAGCAUGUGCUGCAAGUCCUCAAGAUCUGUCAGGUAAAAUGUUCACCUUCCCACAAGAAACCAACAGAGCUCAUGUGAGGAUGAAUAUAUCGAAUCGGGAUUUGGCUGCUGCAACUGUCUGUCACAGAUCCUUUACAGACCUCAAAAGAGACCACGUCCUUUUCUCUUUGGCCACACCCUCUAAAACCAAUGCUUUUCUGCUUUUCUGGGAUGAAACAAAUAAAGAAAUGGAGCCACAUAUCCUGGAUAGAAAGUCAGAAUAUCGAGGGCAGGACUACAAGCCGAACAUGUGGCACUCUGUUUGUACCACAUGGGACUCUACGACUGGACUGGUGCAGCUGUGGUUUGAUGGACAACCUUCAAUUAGGAAAUUCAUCAGCUCUGGAACAAACAUCAGAUCGUCCAAUAUGAUAACUAUAUUAGGACAGGAGCAGGAUGCACAUGGUGCGGGGUUUGACCUUAAACAGUCUUUUGUUGGCAUGAUGUCUGAUGUCCACAUGUGGGACUACAUCCUUUCACCCUGUGAGAUCCACAACUACAUGGAUGAUCUACAGUUCACUCCAGGGAAUGUGCUCAACUGGAGGGCGCUGGAGUUCCAGAUUGUAGACAGAGUGCUGAUAGAAGAUAAACUACAUAUCUGUAACUAAACAUUUCACACAAUACCAUAUAUACUUUAGAAGUACAAAAUCAUACUUUCUGUGCUUUUAUGUAUAUAAGUUACCAAUGACAGCCAUUUAUGUUAAAUCAUCAUUUAGGAUAGGUUUUGAUUUUUUUUUAAUACAGUAAUGACAUGAUAGAGUUAUUUUGGUCACUCUGAUCAUUUUACCUGUCCAUACCAUGAAAUGACUCCUCCCUAACAUGACUCUGGUGUAGAAAAGGGGGUACAAAAUCCAUAGUCCUCCUCCUGUUCAAAGUUCAGCUAAAGGUAAUAGUGAGUUACCCAAAUCAGGUUUGUUUUAACACCAUAAUUUUCAAUAAAGUCAUUCUAUGGUGGUACUUCACAGCCAGUAUGGAGAGGAGGAAUGAUUAUGGUGACCCAUGACUCUCUCAAUGUACAUGUAUACAUUGUAAUGGCUCAAUGUGUUGUGUGUACAGCAUGCAUGCAGUAAAAAUAGAGUGAAUAUUAAGUUUACUGUGUUGUUGAACAGCCACAGACAGGCAGUCAAACAUGCCAUGACAACAUGAUACAAAUUCCCAGUUGGCAAGGUAGUAGACCUACCACAUGGUCUUGGUUUUCUGCAUGGUCCAAUCCUACUGUCUAGAUUGUUUUUUAAUGUUAGUCAUAACGACUGUAUGGGGCAAUAAUUAUUAUUAAUUCGGGCUGUCAAUCUGUAAGGUUGUUUUCAAGGUCAUCUGCCCCCUACUGGGCAAAAAUGAUAAAUGCCGCUUUAACUGGGUUUUGAUUUUCUAUCAAUUGUACUCAUCUUGGCACUGUUCUAUUUGUUUUUUGAAAUAAACAAUAUCUUCACUCAA